AUGCCUCAGAGACGGUCAGCGACAAGCCUUCACUCUGAAAGCAGUGUGACGGAAUCACAUGGAAUAGAGGCCGAGCUCUCAAAAUGUCAUCAUCAGCUUCGACUCAUGGAGAGUGACCAACAAGCAUUUGGGAUUGUGUCACAGGAACUUGUCAAGAGGCAGCUUUUGGAGAUUGAAAAACUUUCACAGGAACAAGAUGAGCUGGAGAAAGAACUACGGAAUCCAGUGAGCAGCAUUGUUCUCCAGCGUGAAAAGGACAACAAAGAGAAGCUACACAGCCUAUUGAUCUACCUGGAUGAGCUUGAUAGACUACUGGAGGAAGAGAAAAUGGCCUCCAAUGAGCUGGAUAAGGAGAUCCAAACCUGGGAAAGAAAAAUGGCAGAAAAGAAGAAGGAAAUAAGUGGUACUCGUGGGCCAAGUUAUGCACAUGAACAAUUACAAAAGAGCAACUGGACUCUAGAAAAUCGGCUAAAUAAGGCACUUGUGAGGUUAAAUCUACAGCUCACCAAGAAUAGCGACCUGAGGAAGGAACUAGACUACCUUCGCAAGGAGCGUAGUCAUGUUGAGCAGCUCUAUAAGAAGAUGGAGAAGGACCAGCAAGAUUUUUGCAAGGAGAUCAGUCAUGGGAUUGACAUGUCUGCUGCAGCUUUUGUAGAAAGGACAAAAGCCCAAAAUAGCUUGGUGGUUCUGAGAGAGAAGGACAUGAAACACCAAAUCCAGCACAGUGCUGACAUUGAAAAUUUGAAACGCACCAUCAAGCACGACCGUAGCCUGAAGGACUUCAUGCGUGUAAAGUUAGAUAACCAGCGUGGGGAAGGCAUUGACUUGGCUGAUGGGAAGACGCCUGAAUCUUGGGAGGACACUAUGGAGACAUAUGAGGAGGCUCUUCAGAAGAUUCAGGCAGUCACUGGAGAGAGGCGCACAGAAGACCUGGUCAGGAAAUUGAGAGAAGUGGAAGAAAGGAACUUUGCGCUCUUCAAUUACGUGAAUGAACAAAACAGUGAAAUUGAGAGGCUACAGGAACAAACAGAGGAGAUCAAGAAGGAGAUGGCACUUUUCCGCAGUCAGGGCCUUGAUCAUGAGGAUGAUUACGAGCUUACAGUGAAAGACAUCAGGAUGAAGCUGGCCCGGGCUACUCAGCAAGCAGAGAGAUAUGGGCAGUGGGCACAAGAGAUGGAAAAGAUACAGGAUCAGCUGAAAAUAGGAAUUGAGUCUCUGUUUGACAAGGUAGGUUGUGAUCACUCUGCAGUUCAGGACCUACUUGGGAACACCACUGGAAUCCAGAACCAUAACUUGAUGACCUACCUUGGCUUGCUGGAGCUGAGAGCUAAUGAGUUGCUUGCCAUACAUGCAUACCUGCAGUCUUUGCAGGAGGAUGAAACACAGUGUGAGCCAGAUGAAGCACCUAAAAUAGUUCGCACUAAGAGUUCAGUUCCCCUAAUUGAAAGACUGCUCAUCCAGCCACCCUCUAUUGAAGAGGAUGGUGACACAGAAGACUCAACAGUCACAGAUGAGGAAGAAAGGCCAAUGACACAGGAAGAACUGCGGGAGCUUGUCCUCAGAGUGAUGCUGAUGAAGCAAAAAUCUCUGGGUAUGCAUGGCCCCAAGAAGGUCCGCGUACCCAAAACUGGCAUGGCAGCCCACCAGAAGAAAAAAUGCCAGGAGGAAAAGUGA